GGUCUUUUCUGGUGUUAAUGAAACACCCCCUUUCCGCAAAUGCUCUUUGCUAGAAGCCUCCUUGGCGUCCGAAGCACCCAAUAUUCUGCACAUACCCUCCUGUUUGCUGAAAUCAUUUUCUUUCGCAGGAGCAAAUCAUUUCCGAGGGAGCAUUUGUGUGCCAGGCAGAGGCACAACUCGGAGUUGUUGCUGAAUUCAGCGAGCUCAGUCAUUUGAAUAGAUGCUUUGCAGUGGGACACAAUGGUCAGCAUUGAGAAGAAACAUUGAUAAUCACGGAAGAGCAAUUUGAAUGAAAUUACACUUGACAAGCAAUCUCGAGGCUAAAUCGAGGGGAGUGAGAGAAUAAGAGCCAAGCUCUGAGGACUUGCCCAAGACAGAAGACUUUUUCUCUCUCUCUCUCUUUCUCCCCCGCCUUCCAAAGCUUCUAAUUGAAGCUUUUGUUUGAUUUUGUGCAUCCUCUAGGAUUGACGACAGCCAGCAAUGGAAGAGAAUAUGGAAGAAGGACAAACCCAGAAAGGAUGCUUCGAGUGCUGCAUCAAGUGUCUGGGAGGCAUUCCCUAUGCCUCUCUGAUUGCAACCAUCCUUCUCUACGCUGGGGUGGCACUGUUCUGUGGCUGUGGCCAUGAAGCUCUCUCUGGAACAGUCACAAUUCUGCAGAAUAACUUUGAGGUGGUAAGAGGUGCUGGAGACACCCUGGAUGUUUUCACCAUGAUUGACAUCUUCAAAUAUGUCAUCUACGGGGUGGCAGCUGCCUUCUUUGUCUAUGGCAUUCUCCUGAUGGUGGAAGGAUUUUUCACAACUGGAGCCAUCAAGGAUCUCUAUGGAGACUUCAAAAUCACCACCUGUGGCCGAUGUGUCAGUGGCUGGUUCAUCAUGCUGACCUAUAUCUUCAUGCUGGCGUGGUUGGGAGUGACAGCCUUCACCUCGCUGCCCGUCUUCAUGUACUUCAACAUCUGGACACUCUGCCAGAACAUCACCAUUGUGGAUUCCACUGAACUCUGCUUUGAUCUUCGUCAGUUUGGUAUUGUGCCUAUUCUUGAGCAAAAGACGGUCUGCACCUUGAAUGAGAACUUCAGCAAGUUGUGCCAAUCCAAUGAUCUGAACAUGACAUUCCAUUUGUUUAUCGUGGCCCUCGCUGGUGCAGGAGCUGCCGUCAUUGCUAUGGUUCACUACUUAAUGGUGCUGUCCGCUAAUUGGGCCUAUGUGAAGGAUGCCUGCAGGAUGCAAAAGUAUGAGGACAUCAAAUCAAAGGAGGAGCAGGAAUUGCAUGACAUUCACUCCACCCGCUCAAAAGAGCGGCUAAAUGCCUACACAUAAAGAGCCCCUGCCCCCUCGCUCACACCAGUUACUGCUUUUGUGUCUGACUAAAGCUAAACAAUUGACUCACAGCCCUUGUUACUGGUUCAGUAAGUUCCUAUGCGACUCAACUAUGUGUUUCUUUUUUUAAAAAAAAGCAGCGAUCAAAACUGCAAAAGCCAUGUUGUUUGAUAAAGGGUCAGCCCUCACCUCUCUCACACGCAUUUGAGGUUUUCAUGCAAACGGAUUUUGAAAGCUUCUUGCUCUAACUGUUUUCUUUUAGGAAGACUUUGGUAUUUGUAAUUUUUCUUUUAACACUCCAAAUUCAAGGAGAGAGAUCUCUGUUGAAAAUAUCACUGUACACGCAUUUCACAUCAGUACUUAUUUUAAUGGAGAUGAUUGCCCAUUUAUUGCAAAUGGGUUGCCAGUUAGGUUAAGGAAAGUAACUUGAUACCAGCAUGAUGUUAUUCAUCAUCUGUAGUUAUUUCCAGUUUAUAUUUUUCCAAGAUGAUCUUCCAAAACAAGAUAUUUCUCGGAUAUACCUGCAUUGAUAAAUUUCUGGAUCUAAUAAUCAUGUUCAUACUGAUUCUUUUUUGUAUAUUAUCUAAUUAUAGAUAGGUUCAUUGAUCAAACAGUUCAAUAUUAAUCCUUAGUCCCUGGGAUUAUUUUAAUUUGCUUUAUUGAUAAUUAGUGACUCUCAGUGCAUGAUCAAAAUCCAUUAUAAAAGACAUAUUGCGACGGGUACAGUUCCUUUUCAAGGCUGGCAUUUCACGGGAUUAUUGGAAAACCCUUUACUCCAGUCCUUUCCUCAUCUCCUUUUCUGGUGCAUUGGUUCACUUCCUGCUCCUGAAAUAGAAAAUUUCAACACCUGGGAAAGGAUAAAUAAAAGUCAAAAGGGUGUCCACACCACACCAGAAAUAUUAAUCUGCCUGUUCUCUUUUUGGGCAAUUAAGUACUUCCAACCAGGACACUGUAAUUAAAUCAGAAUGUGGACAACUGAUGAGGACACCAAAUAAAUGAGGGGAGCAAAUGCAUGAGAUUCACACCCCAAGUUCAAAUGGCAACAUAUAUAGAGUCCUUGUCAUGGGGAUCAAUCCAUUCUUUUAUUAUUGGAUUUAUCCCAAUGACAAAUUCCCAUUUCUGAUGAUGUAGGAUUCUGGGAGAUUUCUGCCCAUGACCCCUUGAAAGCAGGCCUUGGGCUUUUUUUUUGUGAUGGAUGAAAGUUUUGGGAAACAUGCAUGGAGCAUCAAGAACUGAAAAGAUGCACCUGGGAACUUGAGUGUUUAGCUGACUCUAAGAAAGCAAGUGCAACUCGUUUCAUAGGAGCUUACUACUAUAGGACACACUCGCACAUUCCGUUUGUUUAUAACUUUUUAACUAACUCUGCGAGGACCUUCCUCAAGCACUUCACACAAAAUGGUGGGGUUGGGGGCAGGACAUAACACUUUGGGUCUUUUACCUUUCAUUUCAGUUCUGACAACAAAUAUCAGCAUCGGAUCAAACAGCCAAGCUUUUGAGAGUUUAAUCAAAUGGUCUCCACCAAGUGAAAGCAGUUUCACAUGCAAAAUAUGUAAGAGGAGAAACUCAACUUUAGUUGCCAUCACUAAAUACGUAAAGCUGAGCUGACAGCUGGUACUCUUGCACAUUAAACGCAAGUGACUGAAGUCGAAUUUCUCCCCUUGUCACGUUUGGGGAAACAGCACAAAAUCUUUUGCCGUGAACAUAUUCAAGCCACAAAUGGCAAAUGUUGGUGUUAAAUAUUUAGACGAGGGAGAAAUGGAAAAAAAAAGCUACCUGUGAAAUUUGUACUGUGAGAGUCAUUGAGAGCGUUCUAUCAAUACUGAACCAAAAUGGGUGUGUUGAAUUUUAUUCUGUAUUGCCUAUUGAUACUGCUGUCUGUACGCAGUAUGGUGUCUCCCUGAACCCCGUAGCCUGAACAAAAUCUCCAUUGAUGUUCUUUGGAUGUAAAAUCCUGGUCUGUUUUUCUUUUGGUCCAGCUCUUGGACCUAUUGUGGACUAUGGUGAGCUAUUUCCUGAUGUAAGUGCAUUUCUAAUGAAGUUAAGGGAAUUGAGAUCUGCUUUAUACUGUAACAGUCACGCAACAUUUGGUAAUUUCUAAGCGUUUUAUGUAUUAGAUAAGAACUUUGACGUAGCUGUUAAUCGCGGCAUGAUUAUACUCUAGGUAUGGGGAUAGCUUCUUGAGAGUUGAUAGCGUUUAUUUUAGCAUUAGGCUGUCUUACUGUAUUGUGUGCAGUAUCAUGGUGCUUAUGCUAGCAGUAUUAUGCUGCGACUCUCAUAGUAUAUUCUAAUGUAGUGUUUGAUUAUUUUUGUGUGAUAUCUAUAGGUUGUGUCGAUUUAAUCAAUGUCCUUUUAUUCGGAUAUGAUGUCUUGUAUUCAGUAAUAAUGCUAUUGGCUUUCUGGUACUAGUCUUUGUAUUUUCACAAAGAAUGCUUCGUAGCAGGCUGUAUAAUUAAUCUGUUUUUGUACAUGAAUGUGCCAACAGCUUGACAGUGGCUUUUUUUCUUUUGACUGUAGGAAGAAAAUGCUUGCAAUUUAAUAAAUAAAAAAAUAAAUUUGUGUACUUGUUCCUUU